AUGUUCAAAUGCAUUGGAAUCUGCUCAGUCUGUCUGAAGGACAUGUCUAUUUUCCAGAAAAACAACCACAAUUUUUUGAAAAUGCCAGAUAUGGAUUGCAAAAAGAACCCACCCUUUCUGAUAAUACUUGUAACAUCUCAUCGUGAUCAAAUUAAGACCCGGAUGGCUAUUCGUGAAACAUGGGGCAAGGAAAGAAUAGUCACCGACAAACGCAUUGUGACAUUUUUUCUUUUAGGAAGUACUUCCUAUGAUGGGAAUGCUGUUAUGGUGGAAAGUUUAGUAUAUAAAGACAUCAUCCAAAAGGAUUUUUUGGAUACUUAUAAUAAUUUAACUUUAAAGAUUUUGAUGGGCCUUGAAUGGGUUCACAAAUUUUGUCCACAAUCUAGUUUUGUCAUGAAAACUGACUCUGAUACGUUUGUUAAUACCCUUUAUUUAACAGAACUGCUUUUGAAAAGGAACAGAACCACCAGAUUCUUUGCAGGUGCUUCAACAAUGCAUUCCCAUCCAGUUAGGGAUCCAAGGAGUAGGUGGUAUGUGAGUAAAGAGGAGUAUCCUUGGAACAAGUUCCCUCGUUGUUGUUCAGGAGCUGGUUAUGUUUUCUCCACUGAUGUAUCUAGUCAUAUGUACAUAGUUUCUCAAAACAUCUCUUUUCUUAAAUUGGAGGAUGUAUUUGUAGGGCUGUGUUUAGCUUAUCUCAAAAUCAAAGUGGAAACACUUCAUUCAGAGCCAGUAUUUUUUGUAAAACGGAUUGAAUUCUCUCCCUGUCGCUAUAGGAAACUUGUCACAAGUCAUUUUGUCACCUAUACUGAGAUGCUGAUGUACUGGUAUGGGCUGGAGAAGUCCAGGGAUGAAGAAUGUUCAGGUGGUCAUCCUUAA